AAACUUGCUACGGAAGUAGGGGGAAGCUCGGAGUGGUAUUUAGCCGUCGAGGCAAAAAUUAAUUUCUUUGUCGAAGCCCUUUAUUUUUUUUAUAAAUUCCUCGUUCUAUAGCAAGAUGGGCAAAUUUCCAUUUUCAGAUUGAUCCAGCCCUAUCCGACAGUGUGAAUUCAGUACCGUUCUGCAAGAGGAAAAAGUAUUCAAGGCCUUUUGUGAGGAGCACCGAAUAAUGGAAGUUUGCCAAAACUAUUGUGAAAAGUGCAAGAAAAGAACUGAAGAAAGUUCAAAGGGUAUGGAAGAGCAGACAAGAGAGUUCAAUGAAGAAGUCAACAAGCUUGGUGAAGUUAUUUUGGUUUGAUUAUCUAUGCCUUACUUCCUUCUAACCAUAGCCAUGCAUGCAUCUUUUCUUUUUAGGUUUUGACAUACAUUUAUUAGUGCAUCACAGCCCUACCACAAAUGUGCACUGGUUUCAUGUUCUAUUGCCCUUUAAUUAUCUGAAUCUUUUCAACUCUCUCUCUCUCUCUCUCUCUCUUAAUUCCAGGAUUGUGGAACAAACCUAUUUUCGGAGGAGGGACUUCAACUGCUUAUACAAUAUUAUUCCGAGGACCAGGCAGCAGCUGUUGAGGAGAACCAUGAAAUGUUGGAAGGAAACUUAAAGGCUGGACCCUCAAAUGUUGACUCAAAUUCUGGUGCCUAGCACUACUUUGAUAACUGGUGGUGUUGCCAAUUCUAGUAGUGCUGGAGGUCAUGGUGGGCCAAAGUUAGGCACCCCAUUUGAGCGAGCAUGGGAAUUAAAGAGGAAGAGAGAGGAAGAACUGGAUGAAGCUCGUAGGGGCAAAAGGCCUGGAACUACUGACAAUUACACUCCACCUUGUCCUCCAAUUUAUGGUUCUCAACCUAGUGGGUUUAUGGCUGACGCUCACUGACAGACUUCCCCUCAGUCAGCUGCUGCACAUCUUUUCUCUACCUCAGCAUGCACAUCUCAGUGGGAGGAGAGGUUAAGGAAGUUAACUGGUGAGCCUGCAUCAGGGGGUAACAAUGGAGCCCAUGCAAUUAUGGACGAUUUUGUGAAGCUGCAAUAUGAGAAGCUUCAAGUCAAAGAUGCUGAAAGAAGAAAGCCGGAACAAGAAAUUUUAGCAGCUGCUUCUAUUGAUGCCAACCCUAAAUUCAAGGAAAAGAAGAAAGAAGCAGAUGACCUGAAAAAACAAGUAGAGGAGCUGCAGGAGGAGGUUAUCAAACUUCAGGCUGAACUGGCAAAGAGGGAUGAGAUUAUUUCCAAGGAUGUAUUUAAGCAGAACCUAGCUGCUGUAUCCCUUGGCUGGAAUUUAAUGAAGAAGUUGCUGGAGUCCAUGGAUGCUGGUACUGAGUUUCUUAACCUGUCUCUCUUGGACACCAUCAAGCACUGUUCUCCUCUUCUUCACCAGUUCAACGAGGGUCUGACUUCAAUAGGUCAGGGACAUACUGAUAUUGAUGACACAUUUUGCAUCCUAUUCAAUCUACCAGUGGUUGUGCCGGGCCCCUUUGUUUCAGAUCAUUUCACCCAAACUGUCAAUAUGGGAGGUGAGCUCAUCAGCUUUGGCCCUCCAGGAGAUCCUAAUGUUGUCAGCUUAGCUGCCAAUAGUCCUCCACUUCAGACGGCAAAUACCGGAACUAAAAAUGUGGACCAGGAGGACAGAGCAGAUGAGUGCAAUGAUUGAGCAAAAAACACUGCCAAAGUACAAAGAUCUAGGGUGCCCAACAAUUGCUCGCCAAAUUGGGUCACAAGAAUUUGGUCAAGCUCUUUUGGAUUCAGGAGCAAGUGUGAAUUUAAUGCCUUAUUUGGUUUAUUUUGUAGCUAGGUCUUCGAGAGAUAAAACCCACAUUUGUGGUGUUACAGCUAGCUGACUUUUCUUGUAGGAAACCGAGGGGGAAUAGUAGAUGUGUAGCUUCAGAUUGAUAAAUUCUAUUAUCCGGUUGAUUUUCUUCUUUUAUACACUCAAUCAAAAGUUAAUAGUAAGUCAAUGAUUCCACUUACUUUAGGAAAGACCAUUUCUUGCUACUACUAAUGCUCUUAUCAAUUGUAGGAGUGGUUUGAUGAAACUUUCAUUUGGAAAUAUGACUCUUGAGGUGAAUAUUUUUCAUGUUGGGAAGCAAUCACAAAAAGAUGAUGAGUGUUAUCAAACCUACAUAUAGAUCAACUUGUCAAGGAAGUAUAUGAAAGGGAAAAUUCUGAAUCUUUAAAAUACUUCCUUGGUGACUCUAAUUUAGAUUCUACAUCUUGUUUUAUUCUGUUAAUGAUCUUUCUAACAUUUCUUCUGUUUCUAUUGAUAUGCAGGACAAGCAAGAGAAGUUUGCUUUGAGGAGUUGCCACGUAAAAGAAAACAUUUGAAGCCAUCUUCAUUGGAAGGACUAAGUGUAGAGUUAUCCCCACCUUCUAAAGGAUUGAAGCAUGCACUCUAGGGAGUGUCUCCUACGUUAUUGGACAAGGGUUGAAGCAUUGGGUGGAGCGGGUAGACCAACCUGAGGAGAUUACUCUCAUGGCUUCGGUCCACAACACUUAAUCAAGUUCUAUCCUUUGCCAUAUUAUUUCUUUUAUUCUAUACUAGUGAGGACAGUGUCUCGUUUAGGUUGAGGGUGGUAGCAUUGCAUGCACAUUUUAUGCACACUUCUUAUAUACAUUCUCUUCAUGUAUAAUAAUAAUAAUAAUAAUAAUAA